AUGACUCAGGAAAAACCCAAUACUUCAGAAUAUUCACCGAGUGGGUCACUGCAAACCUUUGUUCGUAAUGGAAUAGAAAUUGAAAUACAUCCAUAUCAAGAAGACCCGGAUAAUAGUCUCAACCAACAACCGGAAGAUCUAAAAUAUCAACCACUGGACAAGAAGGAAAGCUCACCACUUGAUGAAUCGUUAGAGUCCACAAUUCUAUCCGAGAUACAGCAAGGUCAAUACAUCUGUCUUGUUUGUACCGGGGAGAUUGACCAAGAUUCUACAAUUUGGUGUUGCCAACUAUGCUUUCGGGUUUACGACUUGGAUUGUAUCAAGGAUUGGGCUACGCGUGGGUCAUCAACCAACAAGACCAACAGGACUUGGAGAUGUCCUGCGUGCAACCAUGAAUCUAAGAUCCUCCCCAAGAAGUUUACCUGUUGGUGUGGAAAAGUCAAAAAUCCGGAGAAGAAUGCACUCAUGCCGUUUAGCUGUGGUAACUUAUGCAAUUACAAGUACCCGGACUGUAUUCACCGAUGUUUGAAUACCUGUCACCCAGGGAAACAUCCAGUUUGUGGGGCGUCAGGUCCAUUGAUGAAAUGUCAUUGUGGUAAAGAAAAAAAACAAUUGCCUUGUAUUAUAACGCCAUACAAAAAAGGUUGGAAAUGUGACAAUCCUUGUGGCAAGAAGGUUUGUGAUCUCAAUCAUAAAUGUAUCAAGGGAUGUCAUGGAGGAUCAUGCGGCAAAUGUCAGAAAAAAGUGGAAUACAAAUGUUACUGUGGUGAUUCUAAGUUGAAAACAAAGUGUGCUAAGAGAAAGCCUCUGCCGUGUACAAACUAUCAAGGUCAGAAGUGGAUAGGCGGUGGAUCCUGUGGGAAGGUUAAGAAGUAUUAUUACGAUUGUGGAGAGCAUUUCGAGACCUUCACCUGUCAACCACCACCUCAAAUGGACCAUGCCAAGUGUAAGUACUCACCAGAUGUCAUUUCAACUUGUUAUUGUGGAAGCGCCAAAGUUGAUUCAUCAAACCGAAUAAAAUGUACAGAUUCGGUGGCUGAAUGUGAUAACGUGUGUGAUAAGUUGUUACCAUGUGGCUGUCGUUGUCAAUUCAAAUGUCAUUCAGGUCCCUGUGAAUGUACUUCUAUUUUUGAUAUAUCAUGUGAAUGUGGCCAUGAGAAAUUCAGUGCUCCUUGCCAGUUUAUUCAACUGGGUACCAAAAUCACGUGUCAUCACAAAUGCUCAGUUUUAUUGAGUUGUCGAAAACAUUAUCAUCGAGCUGAAUGUUGUCCUUACGAAAAGAUAGCCUUGGAAAGAGAACGAGCAAAGAAGAAAGCAGUGAGAAACAAUUUGCGUCGUACAUUUCGAGACGAUAUCAUGUCAAUUGAAGCUGUGCACAUUUGCACGCAAACAUGUAACCGAUUGAAAUCGUGUGGACAACAUCAAUGUCAAGCAGUGUGUCAUAGUGGCCCUUGUGAAGUAUGUUUGGAAUCGACGAACGAAGAUUUGGUUUGUAAUUGCGGCAAGACUGUGAUUCCAGCACCAGUUAGAUGUGGUACUGAAUUAGUAUGUCAUGAACAAUGUACUCGGCCAACUACUUGUGGACAUCGUCCUGAACCACACGAUUGUCAUAAUGAUGAUGUAUCGUGUCCUAGAUGUACGGUGUUGGUGAAAAAGACAUGUGAUUGUGGUGCAAGACUAGAUUUACCAGGUAUUAUGUGUUCCCAGGAACGUGUCAGUUGUGGGAAAAUGUGUCUUGUGCAGAAAGGAUGUGGGCAUCCAUGUUUACGUACAUGUUCUGCUAAAUGUACUCAGGAGAAUGAUCAUGUUCAUGCUAAUCAAUGUUCAGUCAAGUGCCAAAAGGUGAGAAAGAACUGUCCUCAUUUGUGUAAAUUGAAAUGCCAUUUUGAUAAAGUGGGCAAGAGUAGUAAUUGUGAUGCUGUUAAAUGUAAUGAAUCAGUGACUAUUCAAUGUGAAUGUGGAAAUUUGGAAAAGACUGUUCCAUGUGGUGCAUCAUUGACUGAAUCUACCGCAAUUGGAGCUAUUUUGGAAUGUAAUGAAUCAUGUGCUGCUGUGAAAAGAGAUGCAAAAUUACGUGAAGCUUUUGCUGUUGAUGUACCUGAAGAUGAAAAAAUUAUUUAUAGUGAGUAUGUUUUGGACACAUUUGCCAAACAAACCAAAUGGUGUACUCGGAUUGAAAACAUCAUGCGAACAUUCCUUGAAGAUUACAACUACCAAAUUAGUAAGGGAGUAGAGUCACCCAAAAAAUCUUAUCACUUCCCACCAAUGACAUCGCCACAGCGACAAUUCAUCCAUGAAUUAGCCAAAUCUUUUAAACUCUACACUGAAUCACAAGAUCAAGAACCGAAGAGAUCAGUUUUCAUAGUCAUUACUCGUCUAACAUUUGUUCCUGCGUCGACAAUCCAAAACUGCUUGGAUUUAAUUGAAUUGAAACAAAAGCAACAAUUGCAAAUCGAAUCGAUGACUCAGCAACAAAUUGAUGAUGCGUUAUUCAAUGCUAUAAUCAUCCAAGAUACAUUUUUCGGCAUCACCAAGGAAGAUUUGCAGCAAGCAUUAACUAAAUAUCACCAAAUUGAUGACGGUGAUGGUGGAUUCAAUAUUUCAUGGUUAAAAGAAUCAACAUUCAUCUUGUAUGAUGCCACCUGGUUUCGAAAAAUGGAUCAAGAAUUUGAGUCAAUGUUGGAGGAAUUAUGCAAUAUGUUUCGCAAGACAUUGAGACAAAAUUCACUAGCUUUUGAUUGCAAAUUAUGUUUGAUUGAUCCUAGCGUUAGUUUUGUCAUGAAAGUUGAUCGAAGGAAACGUGUUGACAAUGGAGAAACUGAUUGUGAUGGUAGUAACAAGAAAAGUGAGAAUAAGAAUAGUUUUGAUGUUUUACAACUGGAUGAAUUAGUAAUUCAAGGGUGA